CUGCUGACAAAAGCGCAUAACAAUUAUCCAACGACCACAAGUAGCGUUCAAUCUAGUAGAGCGCAAGUUCGAGUGCUUAUUGUCCGCACGCCGAACAAAUAGCUCACCUAAUCCCUUAAAAAAUCAGCGCCACCCUCUUGGUAUUAGCGUGACAACAAUGGCAGAACUGCAAAACUGUUUCUCUUCUUCCAGGCAAUUGCCCAACAAACACUGGCACAAGAUGGCGUGCUUUGACCAGCUACUACGUGCUGCAGCAGCUUGGAUGUCAUUACCUUCACAAAUGGCGUCACUCACAGUGAUCAUUUUCCUCGUCUGCGCAACGCUUGCCUCUGGUGCCGACAGCGUCCGCGUCGGGCUCACGCGCAUCCACUCCGACCCUGGCGUCACCGCGUCCCAGUUCGUGCGCGACGCCCUCCGCCGCGACAUGCACCGUCACGCUGCCCGGUUCGGACGGGAGCUCGCGGCGUCCGAUGGCUCGGUGUCCGCGCAGACCCGGCUGGACCUGCUCAACGGCGGGGAGUACCUAAUGACGCUGGCCAUCGGAACGCCGCCGCUGGUGUACCCGGCCAUCGCCGACACGGGCAGCGACCUCAUAUGGACGCAGUGCGCGCCCUGCGGCAAGCAGUGCUUCAAGCAGCCGGUGCCGCUGUACAACCCUUCGAGCUCCACCACGUUCGGCAUGCUCCCGUGCAACAGCUCUCUGAGCAUGUGCGCGGCCGGGGCGACCCCGCCGGCGGGGUGCGCGUGCAUGUACAACCAGACAUACGGCACCGGGUGGACGGCGGGCGUCCAGAGCACGGAGACGUUCACGUUUGGCUCGGCGCCGGUCGACCAGGCCCGCGUCCCCGGCAUCGCCUUCGGUUGCAGCAACGCGAGCAGCAGCAACGACUGGAAUGGAUCGGCCGGCCUCGUCGGGCUGGGCAGGGGAAGCCUGUCGCUCGUCUCGCAGCUCGGCGCCGGCAGGUUCUCCUACUGCCUCACGCCGUUCCAGGACACCAACAGCACGAGCACUCUCCUCCUCGGUCUGUCGGCGGCGCUCAACGGCACCGGCGUCCGUUCCACGCCGUUCGUCGCCAGCCCGGCCAAGGCGCCCAGGAGCACCUACUACUACCUCAACCUCACAGGCAUAUCGCUCGGCACGACGGCGCUUCCCGUACCGUCCAACGCCUUCUCCCUGAAAGCCGACGGCACCGGCGGGCUCAUCAUCGACUCCGGCACGACGAUCACGUCGCUGGUCGACGCGGCGUACCAGCAGGUCCGUGUCGCGGUCAAGUCCCUCGUGACGCUGCCCACGACCGACGGGUCGGACGAGACGGGGCUCGACUUGUGCUUCGCGCUGCCGUCCUCGACGUCAGCGCCGCCGGCCAUGCCGAGCAUGACGCUCCACUUUGACGGCGCGGACAUGGUUCUCCUAGCGGACAGCUACAUGAUCUCGGGCUCCGGCCUGUGGUGCCUGGCAAUGGUGAACCAGACCAACGGAGGGAUGAGCACGCUUGGUAACUACCAGCAGCAGAACAUGCACAUCCUCUACGACGUUCGGAAGGAGACUCUGUCGUUUGUUCCAGCCAAGUGCAGCACGCUGUGACCAGAGUUCUAAAAAUAUAUGUGUGUGCAUAGGAUUCUUUAUUUUUAUGUGAUGAAUAAUUCUAAAAAUGGAUACUUCCAACAAAAUAUUCUAA